CCGCAUAUACAAAACCUACGUACGCCCCUCGCAGCGCACGACGGUUAGAAAGGCCACUGUCAACACCCGCAUCCGCGCCGUCUCACGCGUCGAUCAAACCACUCGAGGCCUCAUCGGCGGCCGUACACGCCAUCGAAGCAGCAAGGAAGAGCAAUGGCGGCGGCAGAGGUGAGCAACAAGGGGGUGAUCCUGAAGCAGUUCGUGACGGGGUGCCCCACCGAGGACGACCUGGAGCUCGUCACCGGCGUCGUUCGGCUGGCCGUGCCGCCUGGGUCGGCGUCCGUGAUGGUCAAGAACCUCUACGUCUCCUGCGACCCCUACAUGCGCAACCGGAUGAGCGAGCACAACGAGGCCAGCUACAUCGAGCAGUUCGUGCCAGGGGAGGUUUUGGCUACUUUUUCAGUAGGCAGGGUGGUAGCAUCUGGGCACCCGAAUUUCAAGUCGGGUGAUCUUGUUUGGGGCAUGAGCGGAUGUGAAGAAUACACUUUGAUCACUGAUCCAGAGUCUCUUUUCAAGAUCAACCAUCCCGAACUACCUCUGUCGUACUACACAGGUGUUCUUGGCAUGGCUGGACUUACUGCGUAUGCUGGAUUUUUCGACGUAUCAAAACCAAAGCAAGGCGACUAUGUUUUCAUCUCAUCAGCAUUGGGCGCCGUCGGGCAGCUUGUUGGACAGCUUGCCAAGAUCACUGGCUGCUAUGUGGUUGGCAGUGCUGGUUCCGAUGAGAAGGUCAACCUCCUAAAAACCAAGUUUGGCUUUGACGAUGCUUUCAACUACAAGAAGGAAGAGGACCUCAACGCCGCACUAAAGAGAUGCUUCCCGCAGGGCAUUGACAUCUACUUCGAGAACGUGGGCGGUGCGAUGCUAGCCGCGGUGCUGCCCAACAUGAGGAUGAAUGGCCGGAUCACCGUGUGUGGGAUGAUCUCGCAAUACAACCUGGAGCAGCCGAAUGGUGCCCCUAACCUCUUUUGCUUGGUUGCCAAGCGCAUCCGCAUGGAGGGAUUCAUGGUCCUGGACUACUUCGGGACCUACAACAAGUUCGAGGAGGAGAUAGCGGGUUACCUCAAGGAAGGGAAGAUCAGUGUUGUUGAGGAUGUUGCUGAGGGGAUCGAGAAUGUGUCAACGGCGCUCAUCGGGCUCUUCUCCGGGCACAACAUUGGGAAGCAGCUUGUCACCAUCGCACAUGAGUGACAUGACAGGCUAACAGAAAGGGCAUGGGGAUGCAAUAUAUUCAUAUUGGACGUGUGGAAGUGUUCGUGUUUACGAUUGACCUAUGUAUAUCGAUGGGAUGUCAAAAAUAUUGGUAUUUUAUCUCUAUUUUUACCUCUUUUAUAUAUACAUACAAUACAAAUAUUAUUGUUAAAUUGUAGCAUUUUGAAUAUGGAUUUUGUUGAAUACUUUGGACCA